AUGACCCAUAAAGUGCACGAAUCGCAGAUUACUCUAGCAUCGAGAAAUGUGUGUCCGAGUCGAGCAGUACCUCUGAGCACCCGUCAGAUUUUCGCAUUCUCAACAAUCCUUGCAAUUUACUCAUUCGUCUAUUUGAUAUAUGCUCAACAUCAUGCUCUAUUGUUCUAUGUCAUGACGGGAGUGAUUGUCACUUACAUUUUAUUCGUUUAUAUUUCGGGUAUUGCCGCCGUUUUGUAUAUGGUCGUUUACGAUUAUGAUAUUGAUGAGAAGAUUCCCGGUGAGAAGUACGACAUCGAAGAAUCGGCGAUGUGA